UCUUGAUAAGAGAGAGAGACUUACUCGCACACCAUCAUCUUCCUCUUCUCGUCAAGAUGUCAUCAACAUUUGAUCAUUUGCGUACAUUACCAUCAAUUCGUGAAAGAUGCAGUAAAGUAUUUGAAUUAGCAAAAGAUGACAAAUUGGAUUAUUUCACUUAUCAUGCCGAAAAAGAAGAAAGAGCGAUUGCAUUUUGUACAAAGAUUAUAGAACGUGAUUUUGGUGGUAAUGUUGCACAAAUUCCACCACAUGGUCGUUGGAGACAUUUUGAUGCUGCGAAUUUACCAAGAAUUACAACGCUCUUAUCGCAAUUUCAUAAUGAAGGUGUUCAGCCUAUCGAAGCUGCACGUAGAUUGGUGGAUCUGUUUGUCGUUAGUGUCUUGCUCGAUGCAGGCGCAGGUCCGACAUGGCAAUAUGAAGAGAGGAAGACUGGUUUGAGAAUCGGACGAAGUGAAGGAUUGGCAGUUGCAUCAUUGGAUAUGUUUGAAUCCGGGUUGUUCUCAAGAGAUGAAGAUGAAGGAGGUGAUGGCGUUCGACAGAAAUGCGAAGCAAAAGCAUUGGCUAGACUCACGCCUGAAUUACUCAGUAUAUCCUUACAAGUAGAUCCAAACACCAACCCAAUGCAUGGGCUAGAAGGUCGAGCAGGUUUAUUGAGUAGAUUGGGAGACGUGCUGCAAAAAGAUGUUUUGGGCUACUUUAAAGGACCGCACGCAGGCAUUUCACCAGAAGCAAAGCGCCCAGGAUUCUUGAUUGAUUAUCUUGCCAAUCAUCCAUCAACGACAAAGAGUGCUGAUGGAAGACUUGCAGUUCAAGUAGCAACACUGUGGAAAGCGCUCAUUGAGGGAUUGGCACCUGUCUGGCCCACAGAAGGAAGGACAGUGCUAGACGGACAAGUUCUUGGGGAUGUAUGGAAAUGUGAAGCAUUAGAGAAAGCAGGAGCAAAAGGAUCAGAUGCUUUAGUUCCAUUCCACAAACUAACACAAUGGCUAUGCUACUCAAUCAUGGAACCAAUGGAGCAAACCUUAGGUUGGACUUUUGUAGGAGGAGAACAUCAGACUGGAUUACCCGAAUAUCGUAAUGGUGGUUUAUUGAUCGAUUUGGAAGUUUUAGAACCAAAGCCAGAACUUUAUGCAGCAUCUGCCAAACCGUCUGGACCUCCGCCUGCAGGACCUAUACCUAUCUUUCAACCUAGUCAUCCUGCUGUGGUAGAAUGGCGUGCAUUGACGGUGAUCAUGUUGGAUCGAAUCGCAGCUGGAAUACGAGAAGCAAUGAGUUUGAACGAUGAACAAUUAAAUCUUAAACAAGUUUUAGAAGCUGCCACGUGGAAAGGAGGAAGAGAGAUCGCGAAGAUCAAGAGACCCGAGACUGGUGGUGGCCCUCCAAUCAAUAUUGACUCAGAUGGAACUGUAUUCUAACGUCAGAAUCAAGUCUAUAGCCUGUUAUUCAUUUACAUGUCAAU